AUGAUGGACAGGGCAUUCAUGGUCAUCAGCGGAGGCGAGCUAUCGGCCACCAUUGGGGUGCUGCGCCAUGCGACGCCGCGCGUCACGGCGGCGGUGGACUCGAUGUUCGUCCGGGUCGGGAUCACGGAGCACGGGCGCGAGAGGACCACUGCGUACGCCCACGCGUGGUCCCAUCUGUGGCCUGAGGUCUGGCGGUUGCUGGACGAGUUCGGGGGCUCUCCCCCGUGGGCCUGCAGAUUCGCUGGGACAAGGCGGGGGCGAGGUGGUGCGCUCGUUGCCGCUGGGAGGCGCGCGAGUCCGAGCGGCCCGGCAGCAUCGUCGCCGCUGCCCUCGAUCGAUGCAGACCCAGAGCUUCGCUGUGCACGUGGGCGGCGCCAUCGGUUGGUGGAGUUGAGGGCGCUGCGUGAGGCGGAGCCAGGGAGGGACGUGCCAGUGGUCGUAUGCCUGGCGUGCUGCGCGUUGGGUACGCAGAGGGCCACGGGCUUCGCCAAGCCCUGCGGCCGUCCGAGCGCAAAGGGCGCGGCCGUGCUGGACCGUGCAGCGCGUGGGCAAGCGCCGGCCGUCUCAAAGAUCGGCGCUGUCGGCGUCCACGCCUCGCAAUCUCCGACUGCGCGCAGCGGCCCGCCUGCCCUGGGCCUCUCCUACAUGGAUGGCGCGCUGCGCGGCCGGCUGGAGCCACAGCAGCUCCCGCCGGGCCUGGAGUUUGCGCAGAAGGUGACCGACCCAGACGAGCAGCGGCGGGUGGUUCGGGAGGCCUACCGGACGAUAGGCUGUCUGCUCGACGACCUCCCGGACCCGGCCCUGCUGGUCGACGCGCUGUGCAAGGAUUUCCCGAUAGUUGGCGCCAGCAAGGGCUUCUGCGACCUCACUGGGUACACCACGGAGA